AUGGAAAAGCCAAAUGUUUUUGCUGCCACCGACAUAAAGGGUAAAUUCUGUCGAAACUGUAACUGUUCUAGGCACCUCUUUUCCGACUGUCCUUCUGUUGAAUGUUGCACAUGCCACCAGAAAGGUCAUAUUAGCUACUAUUGUUCACAACUAUUCUGCCGUUACUGCAAGCUCUCGGGACAUUUAGUCACUGCCUGUCCUACUUGCCCACCACGUCCUGAUUCACUCAACUCGUCUCCUGUCUCUCUAUCUAAUAUUGCAUCUCUUCUUCAGCGUCUUCUCUCUAUUUCUGGUAAUACCCCUGCUGCUUUUUUGACCCCUUCAGGUAAUUCUAAAUGGUACUUUGACUCGGGAUGCUUUAAUCACAUGUCUCCAUUGCGUAAUAUUUUCUCGUCCAUGUCUACCACUACAAAUGGACCUUCUGUCAAUACUGCAAAUGGCUCCCUCUUGCACGCCACACACAAGGGUUCUAUAUCCCAGUCAACUAUUAAUCUUCCUGAUACUUAUUAUAUUCCCAAAUUAAACUUCAAUCUUAUUUCUGUUGGUCAACUUGUUGAUCUGGGUUUUGAAGUGACUUUUUUCGUUUCUGGUUGUCGUGUACAGGAUCCUCGGACGGGACAAAUCAUCGGGACUGGACGUAAGGUCGGAAGGUUGUUUGAACUCGAGAAACUUCAUAUUCCUUCUAUACCAAAUCUCUAUGCUGCUUCUUCUCCCUUUACCUUCCACUUAUGGCAUCAACGUCUUGCCCACACCUCCUUAGGAAAAUUGCGUCCUCUUGUGUCUCAGGGUGUUUUAGGUCAGUUUUCCAAGGUCAUUAAGAUUUUCCGACGUAAUAACGCUAUGGAAUACCGUGAUUCCAAACUCUUAGCCUUUCUUGCAGAACAGGGUACUUUGUCUGAGUUUUCUUGUCUUGGUACGUCUCAACAAAAUGGUAGAGCUGAACGCAAACACAGUCACAUUCUUGACUCCGUCCGUGCAAUGCUCCUUUCUUCUUCGUGUCCUGAGCGUACUUGGGGUGAAGCUAUUCUUACUGCUGUUCAUAUUAUCAAUAGACUUCCUUCUUCUGUUCUUGGUAAUGUUACUCCCUUUGAGCGUCUUUAUCAUACCUCCCCAGAUUAUAGUUCUCUUCGAAUUUUUGGUUGUCCUCCUAUUCUCCCGCCUUUUCCAUCUCCCGAUGAUUCUAGACCGGACGAUGAUCCUGCUCCUACCAUCAUGCCUCCUCUUUCUGCUCGUUCUUCUAGGGUAAGGAAUCCACCUCCUCAUCUUCUUGAUUACCAUUGCUUUUCUACUAUCCUUCAUCAACAUGAACCAAAGUCAUUCAGAGAAGCCUCCUCAAACCCAAAUUGA